UUUACAUCCAUCCUUCCCAGACCUGUUAGAGUGACUACUGCUUCCGCCCUUGAAGUCUUCUCUACCCUGUGGAAAACAGAUCCCACGUGUGCUCAGUCCCUUCAGUGCUGUCAGGCUGCUGUGGAGCGACGUCCGAUCCCUCUUUCUGACAUGGCCCGGGAGUCUGGAGACCUGGCAUCUGACUGUCAGUUCUGGCUGCAGAAGCUCUCUGGGUGGAACCAGGCCUGCACUCUGGAGACCCAGCAAGACACCUGUCUUCACCUUCCUCAGUUCCAGGAGUUCCUGAGACAGAUAUACGAAGCCCUGAAAGAGGGGGAUCCUACUAUGAUCAUGGAAAGAUUCCCCACAAUCCGUCAACUGUUAGCAAAAACCUGCCAGAAUCCUUUUAUCUUAGCAUAUGAUGAAAGCCAGAAAAUUGUAAUAUGGUGCUUAUGUUGUCUGAUUAACAAAGAACCACAGAGUUCUGCAGAAACAAGACUUAACUCCUGGGUUCGGRGUUUGUUAUUGCAUAUACUUUCAGCAUUCAGAUUUGAUGUAAAAGAAGUCGGCCCUUUCACUCAGUGUUUUGGGUAUGAGCCUGCGGAUUACUAUCCUGGUUUGCUUAAAAAUAUGGUGGCAUCGUUAGUGUCUGAGCUCAGGGAGGGUCAUCUUAACRGAUCGAACACUCAAAGACGGAUGGAUCCUGAGCGUUUGAUGUCCCUGUCACGCAUCUGUGUCCCUCUUGUUACUCUGCCUGAUUGUCAACCCCUGGUGGAGGCCCUGCUCACCUACCAUGGCCAAGGGCCUCAGGAGGUCCUCUGGCCCGAGCUCUUUGACGCCAUCAACGAGGCCUUUUUGCUGAAGAAGAUCUCUCUCCCCGUGGCGGCUGUCACCAUCCUGUGGCUCCAGCACCUUCCCAGCCUUGAAAGAGCAGUGUUGCAUCUUUUUGAAAAGCUCAUCUCCAGUGAGAGGCAUCGUCUGAGAGAGAUCGAGUGCUUUAUCAAAGAUUUAUCGCUGCCUCAAGCAGCCUGCCACCCGGCUGUGUUCAGAAUUGUCGAUGAGAUGUUCAGGUGUGCACUCCUGGAGACGGAUGGGGCCCCGGGAGUCCUGGCUGCUCUUCAGGUGUUUACACGGUGCUUCCUGGAAGCUCGGGACAAGGAAAACAAGCAGCUGAGGUUUGCGUUCAAGGCCUACUUUCCUCACGCCCCUGCGUCUCUUGCCACCGUGCUGUCGCAACUUCCCGAAGGUCUCCCCCAGGGAUGCUGGCUCCAGCGACUGCAGCUCAUCUCCCAGCAGCUCAGAGAGGCUGUGGACGGCCAGCCCCAGGGAUCCCAUGGAGGGCCCCUGCAGAGCUGGUUCCUGCUCGCCCACUUUGGAGGAUGGGCUGACGUGGCCGCCGAGCAGUUACUGAGGUCGGACAUGGACCUGCCUGCAGCCUUGCUGUGGCUCCUGGCCUUCUACCACGGCCCUCAGGAGGGGGCCCAGCAGAGAGCACGGACCAUGGUGCAGGCUGAGGCCGUGCUCCGCCGCCUCCAUGAGCUGUCGGGAAGCGCCCGCCUCUCAGCCAGGGAUCUGCAGGCUUUGGGGGAGAGCAGCCCGGAGGACCCCAGAUCGCCUGCGUGCACCCAGCUCAUCAGGCAGCUCCUCCUCAACUUCCUGCUCUGGGCUCCCAGAGGCCACACCAUCGCCCGGGAAGCCAUGGCCUUUAUGGCCCCCACCCAUGACGUCGCCCAGGAGGUCAUUGGCUUCCUGGACCAGACCGUGUACAGAUGGGACCAGCUGGGCACCGGAGCCUCUGGGCCAGGAGCACUGGCCAGGGCACUCCUUCAAGAGCUGCGAGCGCAAGUCUAGCGGGGACGCAGGCCCUGAGGCGCCGAGGGCCGGGCGCCGUCUGCCGAGGCCGGCCCCGUCUUGAGCUGAGAGACGGAGCCGUCGCCAUCUCGGGACGGUCGGCAGCACAUAGGACCAAAUGAGAAGCUGUGGGCUUGACCAUACUUGGCCCCUGUACCCACGAGUGACCCCAGAGGCCUGCCCAGCCCAGGACACCAGCCAGGGGCCUCAGCAGGAUGGGCUGUUCCAUUUCUGGCCCUUCAGGCGAGAUGUGGGACUACUUUUUUGAAUGAUUCAAAGU